AGAGCGCGCCAAAGCGGAUGCCGUCAGUCUGAGGACGAAGGACACGAUGUGAGAGACAUGUCAGCGCCUCGGAGCCGCAGCUCAGAUCUUCCCAUCAGCUGGAAUUCCUCAUGAGCAGGGCCUUCACAUGAUCGAGCAGCCACAGAUGUGGCAGAUUCCUGAGCAGAAAGAAUGACAUCUGAGGCGGCGGUCUCCUCCUCUCCCACCAUGAGCAGCACCCCUGCCAGCAGGGACUACUACUGGCUUCGAUCCUUUGUAGCUGGAGGUGUUGCAGGAUGCUGUGCCAAAACCACCAUUGCUCCUCUGGACAGAGUCAAGAUUCUCCUCCAGGCCCAGAGCCCCCAUUACAAACAUCUGGGAGUGUUUUCCACCCUGAAAGCUGUGCCAAAGAAAGAAGGCAUCCUUGGCUUGUACAAGGGGAAUGGAGCAAUGAUGGUCAGGAUAUUUCCUUAUGGAGCCAUCCAGUUCAUGGCCUUUGAUAGAUACAAAAAGCUGCUCAGUAAGCAGCUUGGAAUCUCCGGACACAUCCACCGCCUCAUGGCAGGAUCUAUGGCAGGGAUGACUGCGGUGAUUUGCACCUAUCCUCUGGAUGUGGUCCGAGCCAGGCUGGCUUUCCAGGUGAAAGGACACCAUCGCUACACUGGAAUCGUCAAUGCUUUCCAAACCAUCUACCUUAAGGAGGGCGGCAUAUCGGGCUUCUACAGAGGACUCACUCCAACGAUAAUAGGAAUGGCUCCAUAUGCAGGUCUCUCGUUCUUCACCUUCGGCACUCUGAAGAGCCUGGGUCUGAAGCAUUUCCCCGAGCUGCUGGGACGCCCCUCCUCAGACAACCCCGACGUCCUCAUCCUGAAGACCCACGUCAACCUGCUGUGUGGCGGGGUCGCUGGGGCCAUCGCUCAGACCAUAUCGUAUCCUUUCGAUGUGGCCAGGAGGAGAAUGCAGUUAGGCUCGGCGCUUCCAGACUCAGACAAAUGUGUAUCGCUGGUCAAGACCCUGAAGUACGUGUACCGGUCGUAUGGGAUUAAGAAGGGAUUGUACCGAGGCCUUUCUCUCAACUACAUCCGCUGCGUCCCGUCGCAGGCUGUGGCCUUCACCACCUACGAGUUCAUGAAGCAGGUCCUCCACCUCAACUAGGUCUCUUCUUCUUGUUGUUUUUAACCUCCCAAGCCUGCAUCGAGGCCCUGCAUACUCUCUGAGUCAAUAAUCCGAUCGACUCCGCUGUUUUCUUCCAAGUAAAGACCACUCGCAACGUCUUAAACUCAUCAGUGUCGACGCUGCCUUUUCCGUAAGGUCAGCGAAGGCACCAUGGGAGUCAUUCAUUUUAAGGAAACCAAACAGCGGAUAAUGAGUCACUCCUCGUCUGUCCCACAUCUGGCUUUCUCGUUUUGUGUCCGAGGAGACGGUUUCCAUUCGAUCCGAAGGCACGAGGCCUGAAUGUGAGCAAUUUCCUCGCCGGUGUCGUCUGCACGCGUGUCAGCAGCGUCACGCCAAAACCUCAGUCCCACAACUCAUCCAGACGCUCUCUCAUUGUACCCCCUCAUGACUUGAUGGUAGAAUUUUAACAUGAUCAAAUUAUUGAUCAAUUUGGUUUUGUUUGUGUUUAUUUUCAAACAAAGAAUCCAAUGGUGUAAUUCAGAUUAUUCUGUACUUUUAGUAAUAUAUUUCUGAGUUGAUUUUGCUCACUUGAAUUCUACAACCACUUAUUUCUGUUUGUCUACUUAAUUUACUGACACAGGAACUGUUGAGCAAUUACUGAAAUGUGCUUGGAAAUUUAAGAUAAUUUGAAUAACUUCCUAAUUUAAGUUAUAUUCUGGGCUUUGUCUUUUUUUUAAUUUUCCUUUUUUUUUUUUGCUUGUUUUGCAGUGUAUUAACUUUUAGGAAAACUUGCAGUUCGUGCAGAUUUGCCUUUCUUUUUUUUCUUCUGCUCAGAAACGAGUACACCAAGAAUCACUUUAGCAUUUUUUUUUAAAGGCUCAAUAUAUGUGGUUUUCAUUAAAACCAAUGUACUUUUUUGUUGCAGUGACUGUUCAGUUUCAAACGCUUCUCAUAGGAAAUACUGGUGAAUGCACUGUUUGUCUGAGGCUUUGAUGGGUGGUAAAAUGUUUGAGUGGACUCAGGAGAAAUUUGCACUUCGUGACUGUAGCUUUUUCAUCAUUUAUUUAUUUAUUUGGGUUUUGUAACUUGUUGCCACUGGGUGGCAGCGUUGAUAUGAACAUUUCGGCUCAGAUCCUAACAGAACAACCUGCAGACUACAGCUACAGCUACAGAAAUUUGAAUAUCAUUAAGAGUUUUGAGUUUUGCCUUUUUUUUCUUUUUUUUUUUUUUAACACCUUGUGAAUAAAUGACCUCUGGUUACAAAAUGAGGGGGGAAAAAUCUCAUUAAUAAAACGAGAUUUUGUAUUAGAUUUAGUCAGAUUUGAAGUUCAAAUUAGAAUAAAACAACUUGAAAUGCACCUUUGAAUAAGAGAUGUAAAUGAUAUUGAGGUUUCUGAGUUUUGAUUAAGUUCAUUGAAAAAUUCAUUUUUCUUUCAUUCUACCUUUUUUGAGAUGCAUCUGCUAUCAAGUACAAGUCAGGGAUACAGCUUCACUGUUCCCCAUAAAGUAACUGUAAAAUGGCCAGAGCCGCUUACAUUAUAGUUCUUAUCUCGCUCGGUAAAAAUAUUUGGCAAGUCUCGACAGUUCCUGUUUGGCUAUUGGAACAUCCUCGUGAGGCUGAUCAUUAACAAGUGAACGUGAGGUAGAUAAAUGUUUCCUGCUGCAGGUCGCCAUAUCUGCGCCACUGUUCUCCUCCUGGUUUUUAGCCUCGGGCCUUCGUGUCUUAUACUUCAUCACAGGAAUUUACGUGUUUUUUGGGGGGGGGGGUUUGCACAAGCUUCAGCCGAGACCUCAGUUUUAGAUGCGUGAAUGUCAACGGGAAAGUUUUAAAGCACAGCUGUUUAUAAAGCAGCGGUUUCCAACGUUCCAGUCUGUGACUUAUUGGUGGAAGAGGGAUGAUUUUCCCCUCUCACCUUCUCAUGCAGACACGUUUGAAUAAAUGCUUGACACUAUUCUGUGUCACAAUAAAGCGAAACUCCAUAAAUACACAUUUGUACAAUGUAUGUAUGCAUUUGUACGGCUCCCGGUUGUACCCGCCUCUCUGAAAUCAACAGUAUAAUCACGCCAUGUCUGAUGACAAGUGGCAGCUUGUAGGUGGUAAACAACACGUCUGCUUUUUGUGCCGCCGCUUGUUCAUUCACUCAUGGAGCUGCGGUGUAAUUUCUGUUUGACUCUAGCUACAUCUAAUUUUUGUCAUUUCUGUUGAAUCUGUUCUCGUUCUUCCAAAUCAGCUCUGUUCCUGCUGCUCAUUGUGACUGAUAUAACAUUAUUUAGCUAUUUCUCAGCGAAGAUACCUGAUUGACGUGACUGAAAAGAGAUUAAAUCGUUUGAGAACGCAGAAUGAAAAUGCCUUUUUUUGGUUGUUUGUCAUCAAAGUUGUUUUUCUCUUUGUACUCCAGUUUUAUAAGCAGUGACUAAAUUACAUUAAAUGCCAU